UGGUGGACUACCUCUCCCAUGAUGCUGUGCGCGAAGACAAGGCGGAUACGCAACUGUCUUGGAAGGUUUGGAAGGUUUUUUUUUUUUUGCGACUCAGAGUUGUGGCAACGACUUGUGCCUGGUUCGAAGGGAACGUCUACACCGUUCGACGAAGAGCAACCAAGGAUUCCCCUGAGAACAAUUCAAUGAUCUGUUGAGUGUCAACCCAAGGAUUUGGUGGGUGAGCAGCACAAGUCAUGUACCAGGUUGUACCAGGGGGAGCGGGAGGCACAAUUACAGAUGUUAUCCCCAAGCAAAAGCACAGCAAGGACACCCGACCCAUAGUUGGAGCAGGAGUUCUCGGCCUGGUACUGGUGAUAGCGGCAGUGACUGCGUGGUCUUAUUACAUUGCCUCACUCCGAAAAGCCGAGUUGCUGAAGACUCAGCUGCUAGAUCUAAAUAAAGAUGGCUACAUUAUUCGCAACCAGGGAGGGGCUAUUGUUUUUAGAAUGGAUUUCAGGUCAGGGACGUUGGAUUUGGACUCCUGCACUAAAGAAGGAGAGCUUCUUAGCUGUGGACGCACCACUGACAGAAGCCUCAACUUCUUCAUUGAGACCGUGCGGCCCAAAGACACGGUGCAGUGCUAUCGUGUGCGCUGGGAGGAACUGGUUCCUGACAUUUCCGUCGAGCACGCCAUGACAUACAAGUUUGCCCAUUGGUAUGGUGGUGCAGUGUCAGCUAUUCAACACUGGCCUAUUUCUAUCUCAGGACAACAGUCUCCCAAACCUUUUGUUACAAGUGACAUCUACUCAAACCGCAAUGAGUUUGGAGGAAUCUUGGAAAGCUAUUGGCUUUCCUCCAAUGCCACGGCCAUUAAGAUUAAUAAUUCCGUGCCGUUCCACCUGGGCUGGAAUGACACAGAGAAGACCAUGUACUUCCAAGCUCGUUACAAUGACAGUCCCUUCAAGCCAAACCCAUGGGAGGCUCCUUGCGCUGAACUUAGCUACAGAGUAUGCGUCGGCUCUGAUGUGACAUCCAUACACAAGUACAUGGUCCGUAGGUACUUCAACAAACCAAAUAAAGUUCCUGCCAAAGCCAUGUUUCAGCAUCCUAUUUGGUCCACAUGGGCACUUCAUAGAACUGACAUUGAUCAAGAAAAGCUUUUGACAUACGCUGCCAACAUACGUAAGCAUAAUUUUAACUGUAGCCACUUGGAGCUGGAUGACCGUUACACCCCCCGCUAUGGAGAAUUCGAGUUUGACCCAAUCAAGUUCCCCAAUGCCUCCUCCAUGUUUCAAAAGCUCAAAUCAGAUGGAUUUCUUGUGUCCCUCUGGAUUCACCCUUUUGUCAACUACGACUCUGAGAACUUCCAUACUUGUGUGGAGAGGGGCCUGUUUGUUCGAGAGCCUACAGGCCAUCUGCCGGCGUUGGUCCGCUGGUGGAACGGCAUAGGCGGAAUUGUGGACUUCACAAACCCAGAAGCUCGUGAUUGGUUUGCCUUUCAGCUUCGGUCCCUCCGCUUCAAAUAUGGAGUGUCCUCUUUCAAAUUUGACGCUGGUGAGACCAACUACUUACCGUGGAAAUUCAGCACCAGAACUCCCAUCCGCGAUCCAAGUUUUUUCACGAGACGCUACACGGAGAUGGCUAUUCCAUAUAAUGACAGAGCAGAGCUGCGUAGUGGCUACCAAUCUCAGAACAUAUCCUGCUUCUUCAGACCGAUUGACAGGGACUCUGUGUGGGGCUAUGAGUUGGGGCUCAAAUCUCUUAUUCCCACAGUGCUCACCAUCAGCAUCCUGGGUUAUCAGUUCAUUCUACCAGACAUGAUCGGAGGGAAUGCUUAUCUGAACCGCACAGAUGGAAAUCGGGCAUUACCUGACCGAGAACUCUACAUUCGCUGGCUGGAGUUGUCCGCUUUCAUGCCCUCCAUGCAGUUUUCUAUCCCACCGUGGGAAUAUGACAAUGAGGUGGUUGAAAUUGCUCGCAAAUAUACAGCUCUCCAUCAGAGUAUUGUUGCGCCACGGGUUCUGGAGCUGGCUGGUGAGGUGCUGGACACCGGAGACCCGAUCAUACGACCUUUGUGGUGGAUUGCCACAGGUGACGAGACAGCAUAUAAAAUUGACUCCCAGUUCCUGAUUGGAGAUGAUCUUAUGGUAGCCCCUGUUUUAGAACCUGGGAAGCAAGAGCGUGAUAUUUACCUCCCUGCUGGUCGCUGGAAGAGCUAUAAAGGGGAGAGGUUUGAUAUCAAAGAGCCAUUGCACCUCACAGACUAUCCUGUAGACCUGGAUGAAAUUGCUUACUUUGUUUGGGUGUAGAAGGAAAGCUUGCUUUGUAAAUUCUGAGCUUUUUUUUUGGCAAAGGAAGUCUUCAGGCUCGUGGCAAAACAGCUCUCACCUCAAGUGUUAAAUUGUUUUUCAGAAAGGCUCUCGAUCUCACUCAUUAAUCCUAAAUUGAAUUAAUUCAUGUAUAUCUUGCACUAUGAGAUAGCAAGGUAGUUUUACGUGUAAGUCAGCGCAUAUGCAAUUAUCUGUUCAAAGGGAACACACUUACUGUGAAUCAAAUAAGGCAUAAUGCUGCAACGAUGCAUUGAAGGAUGACAGAAAGACCUCGUUUUCUAUCCUGUAUGUGAAAAGUAAUUGUCGACUAUGUUCAGAAAGUUUUGACGAAGUUUCAUCAGGUGCAUCAUUUUAGUCAUCAUUUUAAACUCUUCCUCAGAUAACCUCUUCGUCCAGUUUUGGUUACUCCUAACAAUUAAAUGUGCCUUUCUGACUCCAAACACAGGUUAAUAACCUCUGAUGUAUGUCUCAUAGCAACUUUGUCCAAAAUCUGAUGCAUGUUUUAGAAUUUUUUUUAAAUGUGAACUACAGUCGAACCUUGGUUAGCAUCAUUAAUUUGUACCUGUAGGUCCAACUAAGCAAAACGGACGCUAACUGAAUCAAUUUUUCCCGUUAUAAAUAAUGUAAAUCCCAUUAAUCCGUUCCAAAAAGCCAAAAAUAUUAACACAAAACACAUUUUUAUAGUAUUAAAUUGUAGUUUAGCAUGCAGAAAACAAUCUUGAUAUAAAUGAUGUACGAAAGGGAUAAAUCAACAUAAAAGGUUAUUUUUACCUUCAUUGAAGAAAUGAGUCUUGAUCUGACUGUUCCCAAAGACACACUGUGUUAGCAAUGUGUUAGCGAGAUAAACACCUUCCUCUUCAACACCACUUCCCUGUUUUGCCACGGGUUACAGUAUUUCUUGAAUUCAAUAGUGUUACACACCUCAGUAAACCAAAAUGGAACCAAAGAAUGUAGCAAGUGAUAAGGAAGGUGAGAAACAUUAUUGAAUUUAAGAAAUAACUCAUGACAAAACAGGAUUGUGGUUUUGAAGAGGAAGGUGUUGAUCUCACUAACACAUUGUGUCUUUGGGAACAGUCUUCAAUUGAGGUAAAAGUAACAUUACAGUAAAUGUUCAUUUAUCCCUUUCAUUUGUCAUUUAUAUGCAUUUGGAAUUGUGUUAUGCAUGUAAAACAACAAAAACGUGUUUUGUGUGAACACUUUUGAGAGUCAGCUGCUGAUGACUGACUUAUUAGCAAGCUGAGGAUGCUAACAAGGAUGUUUUUGUGAUUAAAAAAUACAUUAAGACCACAGUUGAACUCACGCAAUGUAUUACUAACACAGCAAGACACACGCCAAUCGGAAAAUGUAUGCAAAUGGAGACAACAUUUUGGAGUCAAUUUUCGACGUUCACUAAAAAACACGCUAACCGGAACAGGCGCUAACCGAGGUUCCACUGUAUAGUAUCAUAAUGUAAUAGAUGAUGGUUUGUUUGGUUUUGUGUGGAUCCCAUUUGUAUUUAUUGGUGUUUUAUUAUGUGUGUGAUCGGGAUAUAUAACAUGUUUUUUUAAUUCAACAAAUUUAGCUCUACUUAAAAAGUAAAAAAUAAAUAAUUUUUUAUUCCGGUAUUUUUAUUAAUGGGAAUGUUUUGCGGGCUUUAAUUGUUUGUUUUUCCAUUGCUUAUUGUGUUAUUCCUAAACUGCACAAUGUCUAAAAUGUAUAGCCCAUCUGCUAAUUUUAUGAAAGUAUUUUAUGAAAGCAUGAAAAUAUUUUAUGGAAGUUAUGCAUAUUUAUUAUGGUGUGCUGCAUGUAAAGACGUUCAAGUGUAAUUUUAACGCGUUUUAAUUCUGUGAAGCAAGGCUCAGUCUACCUCCACAAAUGGUAGUAUUUUGUUAUAUGAGAGGUUUUUUUUUGCCUGCCUUGUACUUAUUCUGACGGUGGACUUUGACAUGUGGCUUACACAUUAACCUCUGUGGGAUCUGUGUGUGCCUUUGACAUAGUUUCAUGCUAACACCACUGCCUAUAUAUAGUAGUUCUCACCCAGCAGCUAUUUCUGCCACAGACACUCUUGCCUUAUGAUGAGAAGAAUCUCAUACUGAAUGUUGCCUUGCGUCUUGCUCUUUUGACCGUGUGAUAAGCUGAUUUUUUUUUUUUUGGCAAACUGACAAUUGACAACGUGUCAUUCUUUUUUAACGUCAUUAAAGAAAAAUGUUUCUUGCUGACUCAGAAAUUAUUUUGCACAUAGUUUGUUUUCAUUAAAUGCACCUAUUCAGGGCAUAAAGGCUACGGUUAUCAUUUGUAAAGGUAAAGUACAAAAAAAGGGAAAAUGAAAAGGAUGAAAUUUAGGUCAGCCAGAAGGCCAUGCAAUAAAUGAAGCAAUAAAAAACUGCAGCCUGUGUAGGUCUGCAAUGUAUGAAGAAGAAUGUUCUUUUCAAUAUAGUAUUGAAAGAUUCACCCUUGUGGGACUUUUCAAACUUUUUGACACCCAGCUCAUGAUGGGGCGAUAAUGGCGAUGUGAUGAAACAAUUAUGCAGGUUCUUUG